AUGUCUUCGCCAUCCGAGGUCAAAGACUAUGGCGACUGGACCGUCAUUUACGAUGACCAAAACAGCGAUGACCACAGUUCCAAGAAGGAAGAAAGACUAGCUGACAGAAGACAAACACUCGCCCGGACGCUGUCUAUACCAAAGAGCAUGUGCAUCUUGUCUGACAACAAGACCGAGGUAUCAACAGUAGCCGAGCUACUCUCACCGAGAUUGAAAUUGCCUCAAUUGGGCACUGAAUCAGCAGAAAGAGUCUUUCCAGUUCGCUCGGUUGUGUCAUUUGAUUCCACCCCCUCAUCUGCCCUGCAGACACCUUCCCUAGACAAGCUCGAAACUCCAAUAUCCCCCUUUUCGGACACGUGGACUGCAACCUCCACGAAUGAACAAACGAGCUGUCAGCAAAGAAGUCCGCCGGGCAACGGCAUGAAUGCUGAAAAUGAUGCUUCAAAGAGACCAGAUCACCUCACUCAGCUGCACCAAAAGAGUUAUGGCGGAAGCGGGUUUUCAUCAGUUCCCAAAGAAAAAUCUAUUUCCAGCCCUAAUCCGGAGCUUUUGGCGCAGUUGCGAACUCUCGUGCGGAAUGGCGGCGACAUUCUUGACUUCCACAAAACAACGAAGGGGAUACAGUACUCCCCCGAGGAUGAAGAGGACAUUCAUAUUCAUUCAGUUGGGGCACUUGUUGUGAUGACUGAAAACAACGGCAACUUUGAGGUGCAAAUAGCGAGCGACAACUCCAAGCAGAUCCUUGGAUAUUCGCCCGACGAACUGUUCCAGCUCGAAUCAUUCCGCGAUAUACUGCCCUCUUCGGGUCAAAGCAACUUCCUUGGGCGUGCUCAAUUCGUCUCAAGCGAUGAUUAUGCUGUUGAGCGUUCGGGACCCGAGGUAUUCCCCCUGUAUAUCUUAUCAUCCAAUGGUGAUUCGCAGAGUAUGUGGUGUACCAUGCAUACGAGCAGUAUAUAUAAGAAUUAUAUAUACUGCGAGCUCCAGCCGGAGGCUCAAUGUAACAAUGACCACUCCGAGGUUGAGAACCAUGAAAUCCAAACAGAGAAUCGGAGCUUAGAUUUGACGUCUGGGGUGUUCGUUGAGAAUUGUACUGCCCCAGAAAAGAACCUUGAUUCAAAUAGCGACAGCGGUAUGCCAGACUCAUCCGCCCUUCUCAACACCAUCCCCCGAGUUCUUCAGCAACUCGGAAACGCUCAAACGUUGGAGGCGCUCGUUCAAAGCACCAUCACCACAUUGCAAAACCUUCUUCGGUUCGACCGAACGACUAUUUAUCAUUUUGACAGUGAUCGUAACGGUAUCGUGGUCGCCGAUGCAGUGGAUCCCACAUCGGGGUUAGCUUCAUAUGAGGGCAUGGAUUUCCCGGAAUCUACAUUCCCUGAAGCCUUGAAAAAGCUAUACACGCGCAACACUGUGUGUUCGUCCUUUUCUGGAAGCCAAGGAACUGCAAGGCUUGUGUACCGGGCCUCCACCAACAAACGCCCCCUCGACAUGUCAAACACGUAUCUGUCCGUAGCCACGGCGCUCCCAACACCGUAUACAGACAACCCUGUUGAGACCUGUUUGUCCAUUCAAAUCAAUGUGUUUGGCAAGCUUUGGGGUCUUGUGUCGUGCCAAUCUUACGAUGGCAGUCAAUACAUUCAUCCUCUUAUCCAGAAGGUCUGUUGGUUCAUGGCAGAGGCAGUUUCCAGUAACAUCGAGCGCUUGUCCUACACACUGCCCUUUCAGUUUCGAGAGCCAACCGUCUCCAUGAAUAAGUCAAACAUACCGCAGGCCAUCAAGACCCCUUCUAGCAAUCUUCUGAGUCUGUUUGGGGCUGAUUAUGCCGCGGCGUCGAUAAUGGGUGAGGCCAAGAUUUUGGGAAAACCAUCCGAUUCGCAGGAAGUCCUCGCCUUGUUUGAAUAUAUGAAAGCGAAAGAGAAUGAUACCGUAUUUUGGUCCGCUGACAUUGCGGCCGACUUCCAAGAUCUCAACUAUUCGCGUGGCUUUCAUCAUCUUUCUGGCUUGCUCUACAUCCCUCUCUCGAUUGAUGGGCGUGAUUUCAUCAUCUUCUUCCGGGCAGUUUCAGAGAAAAAUAACACGGCAUCUGAUCCGGAGAAGUCGAGUCGGCAACAUGAGUGGUCAUCCGCAGAUUUCGGGAAAGCAUCUAUUUUGUCCUUGCUAUAUCGCACCUUCACCGAUAUAUGGCAAGAGAAAGAGGCGACAAUGCAAAACAACCAGCUGAUGAGGCUUUUGCUCGCCAACUCCGCGCACGAGUUUAGAACUCCUCUCAAUGCGAUCAUCAAUUACCUGGAGAUUGCUCUCGAUGGGUCUCUGGAUCAAGAAACACGAGAUCACAUCUCCAGGUCUCACUCCGCUUCGAAGUCAUUGGUAUAUAUCAUCAAUGACCUUCUCGAUCUCACAAACGCCGAGAACGGACAACGGUUGAUAAAAGAUGAGGUUUUCAAUCUCUCCGAAACCCUUACCGAGGCGACGGAUAUAUUUUGGGAAGAAGCAAGACAGAAGCACGUCGAUCUACAGGUAGUCCAACAUGCAGCUCUGCCUCCAGUUCUUGGAGAUCAACGAAGAGUACGCCAAGUCAUCACGAAUCUGAUCAGCAAUGCUAUACAGCACACCCCAAGUGGAGCACUUACAAUUGAGUCACGUAUCAUACCAGAGCUUUUGGAACCUGGACACAUCUCCGUCGAAAUAGCAAUACACGAUACCGGGUCUGGCAUGUCUCAAGAGACAGUCGAAACUCUGUUUUGUGAGCUCGAACAAGUCUCUAACAAGGGAUAUAUGCAGCCUCCCAAGUCCUAUGAGGGCAAUUUGAGUGACCAAGUGUUGGAAACCGAAAGCGUACUCGGGCUGGGCCUAGCACUGGUUGCCCGAAUCGUGCGCAAUAUGAACGGACAGCUAAGCUUGAAGUCCGAAGAAGGCGAAGGGAGCUGCUUCAAGAUUCGGCUUGAGUUCCCACUCCCGGACGAACAAAACGGCCAGAAACCGGGCCCGCAUAUUGCAUCAAAGGCGAAUCUGCCAGAGCAAGAAGACAAACAGGGUACAAAGCGCGAUCUCACAGACGAAAGUUGUGUGAAGCAACGAAAGGAAGAUGACAUUCCGUGUGAAUGUGGUCAAACUUCCGAAUUUGAAUCAGGACCAUCUAUCGUGAAGGCCGAUGUAAGCUUGAACACCGGCGAAUCAAGCAAUCUUUCGCUGGCUAGCCAACGGCUCGACAAUACCACCCACUCAGAUAGCCUGAACUCAUCCCGCCGAACUCCUGACCAUACACACUUCCCGGAAGGAUUUGAACCUCACACCAACGAACCCAUCUCCAGUUCGCCAAUCAACAACUCAUCAAUUGACCACGAUCCAGAUACAUCUCAACGAAGUGCGUCACCAACCAUGGACUGGAAUUUGAACGUGCUCAUCGCGGAGGAUGAUCCGACGAAUAGCGCAAUCCUCCAAAAGCGUCUCGAGAAGUUCGGCCACUCAGUCUACCUGACAACCAACGGCAAAGAAUGCGCUUCAGUCUACAUGGCAGAUCCAGCUCGCUUCCAUGCAGUGCUGAUGGAUCUCCAGAUGCCUAUCGCCGAUGGUUACUUCGGAGCAACGAUGAUUCGUGAUUUCGAGAGGCAGCAACGAGGGGAUGGAAUCAGGGAUGAUCUUCAUAUUCCCAUCUUCGCGGUCUCAGCUUCCUUGACUGAGAAGCGGAUCCAGACGUACCGGGAAUCUGGCUUCGACGGCUGGGUCAUGAAACCUAUUGAUUUCCAGAGGGUUGACCGUCUGCUUGGAGGCGUCAGACUUCUGUGGGUGCGGAAGGAACGCGUUUACCAACCUGGAAAAUGGGGAGAAGGAGCAGGCUGGUUCGAGGAAUAG